AUGGAAGAACUUACCGCGUUUGUCUCCAAAUCUUUCGACCAGAAAAGCAAGGAGAGCAGCAGCGGAGGAGGAGGUGGUGGCGGCGGAGGUGGUGGUGGUGGAGGAGGCGGCGGUGGCGGUGGCGGCAGCAGCGGCGGAGGAGGCACCGGCCACAAGAAGGAGACUAUCACGUACCGGGAAGUUUUGGAGAGUGGGCUGGCGCGCUCGCGGGAGCUGGGCGCCUCGGAAGCCGGCAGCCUGCAGGAGCUGGCCGAGAGCGGCGCGCACUGCCCGGUGCACCUCUUCAAGGAGCACGGAGACGGAGACAAGGACAAGCUCAAGGACUUCAACCACGCCAGCAGGACCUCGGAAGGUAAGGAGGGCACCGGACCCACCAGGCGAGGUGGUGCGUGGGGGUGUGGAGGGGGGCUCUGUCUCUCCACCUCCUCUCCCUGCCCCAGACACCGGCGCCGAAGGCCUCGAGGCUUUUUGGGUGGGGAGGAGCGGUUGGGCAGGGGGCGAUCUAAUAAUAAUAAUAAUAAUAAUAAUAAUAAUACUCCACUUGUCUAGCAACAGCAGGAACGGCCGCUGGGAUCGUGAAGCACUUCUGGAGUGGAAAGUAGAAGGAAAAGGGAGAGGAGGGAGAGAAACACCCAAACUUUCCCCUUAGCUUUUCUGGGAACAAUAGGAGUGCGUGGAGAUGGGGGGCGGGCGGGGAGGAAAAAGAAAGAAGCAGGUUUCGCAUCGACGACCCGAUUCGAUCCGAAGCCCGGGUAUCCUUUGCCCGGUUGCCUGCCUGUGUUGCUGCCCGAAGGAGCUUGUUCUGGAACGAGCCUCCAACGUCGUGGCUUCAAUUAUGGCUUCUUUUUUUGUUUCUUUUCUUGCAUUAAAAAGAGGCGUGAGGGAAGCCAGCUCAGGGUAAACUGGUCAGAGGCCUGCGGGGAGGAUCGAAGCAGAAAAGAAGGAAGGGAAGGACGGAAAAGCGCUUUAGGAUUUUGUACCGAGCCCGUGUCGAUAGUUUCUUCGGGUGUCCCUUCCUUCCUUCCUUCCUUCCUUCCUUCCUUCCUUCCUUCCUUCCUUCCUUCCUUUCCCCUGAUGUGUAAGAUAGCGUCCCUUCACCCCGGGCCACCAGGUCGAUAGCUCUUCCUGUCCCGCUUCACUGUUGCCUAUAGAAAGGAGCAUUCUGAGGGUGAGGGAAAGUAAAUUUUUAAGAAAGUUGAUAAAACGUUUUUCGGCGAUUUAAGACAGGUUUCCUCCAGGGCAGACGCGAUGGAUUUAAAUGCAGCAAUCCCUUAGGUGGGAGAAGGGAAAACUUUAAAUUAAAAUUCAGCUGGGCUGCUCAGUUAUGUUAAUCUCCCUUCCUUAAAAUAUGUUUUACUCCGCCAUUCAUUCUGCUCCUUCGCUUCGUAAAAUAAUAACGGUGUGUUGGAUCGAUAGUAUUUAGGAGAUUUGGGCCACUUGUACCAUAAACAGAACAAAACGAAACGAAACAGCAUUCUGUCCUUUAUAGAAAAGCCCUAUCACUCAAAUCUGCUCGCUCCUUUAAUAUCAAUGUUACAUAUUAUUAAUAAUUCUUUUUUAUGUUCUAUUAGAUUCGUUAUAAUCGGAAGGAGGGCUUAGACUCAGGGCUAAAUAAAUGAGAAUUUAAUUUCUGGGAAGCUUUAAUAAUUCCAAUUUCAUAUAUAUAUUAGAGAGAGAGAGAAGGGCCUAGAUUUUUUAAAAUAGUAAGGCGUGAAAUCCUUUGAGUUUCCUGAAAUGCUGUCAGUUCCAAUGCACGGUUAUUAUUUUGGGAAACAAUAUACAUAUCUAAUAUUUUAUAUACAUAGAUACCCGUUUAUUGAAAACGUGCUUCAUUCUCAGCAGUCACCUGAACAUGCAACUCUGAAAUGUCAUAAAAUAUAUUGUAAUCUCUCUCUCACUCACACACACACAUCUCAAGUUUGUAAUUGUUUUUCGGUUAAAAAAGAAAGUAAUUCAAAAGGGUAUCAACCUCAGGAAGAAUCCAUGGAGGAAGACUGGUUUCCAGCGGUACAACAAACAUUACAAGCGAAAAAUCAUUACCAUAUUUGUGAAUGGUUGGAACGCUGGAACGUUUCUCCAUUAAAGGGAGUUGUAAGGGAGGCAACCCCUCGAACGUUCGUAGGGAGCAAAAAAUGUAGUGAUCGUGGGCCGGAAGUGAAUUUCAGCGGAAUCAGGGCAAGAGACUAAUGGACAGUGUGUGUUGAGAGAUCUUGCUCCUAGUGUCAAAAAUCCGUUAGCUUCACACCUGUGUUUGGUAGCUGUUGUGCAAAACAAAACCCUGUAGGUAACCACAACACUGUAUUUGAAUUAAAAAUUUCCCCUCUUAAUUCAAGGCUGCUUCGUCGUAUUUUUAAAAAGCCACGACAGUAAAAACCUCUGUGGCUGAGGAUACAUUUAUAUAUAGUUUUAUGUUCAAUUUGAGGCUUGCCUGGGGAUUCUUAGGCAAUUCGGUGUGUCCCAUCAGUUAAAAUUAUGCUUUAAACCAAAUGCCCUGAUUCUUAAACUUACUUUACUUGGAGGUAGAUAAUAUUGUAAAGCCUUUCGAUGUCAGAAGAUUUGCAUGUAAGAGGUAGUAGGCUGGAACACAACACUGCUCCCUUAAAGUCAAACCAAAACAACAGAACUGGACAGCAGAGGUUUAACCGUGUCACUCCUAAUCCCAACCCACUUUUCUUUGGGAGGCCAGUGAGACUGGAAUCGAGGGGAUUUACUUCCAGGGAAUGCGCCUGGAGACGGGCACGUCUGUGUAAACCAGCUGUCCGACAGCCUGCAGUCCUCCGUGUUGCCGUUGAACUUGCCAGUAAAUAAGUUCCACGGAGAGGAAUGGUGCCCUAUUGGGCCCAGGAAGGCUUCCUUCCCUAGGGUGGGAAGGGGGUCCUUUGCAUCUGGCUGGAGAGCGCUCACGCCGAGGUUAUUGCUGGUAGUGUGACCUGAGCUCCCCAGGUAAAGGCGGCAAGAGGAAGUCCCUGCGCCAACCAGCGAAUUUCCAAUCCCUUUCAGAACAGGCGAGAUGAAAUUCUCUCUCCCCCGCCCUCUGCCCAGUCCCUCGUUACAUCUUCACGCGCUCCUGUUCUUUGCAAACGUGACGUUUUGCUGCGGGAGUGACGUGUUGGCUCCUCAAAAGGCCAGCCGUGGCUGCGGGGCAGAGAGGGCGUCCAGGCCACGCUCUUUCUGCCACCCAGAGCGCACCGGGCCCAGGAUGCUGCUGCUGCUGCUGCUGCAACAGAGGCGCUGUCUUUUCCUCUGGGUGCUUCCUUUCUUAUCGAUUUCUAUCCCCAGGGAGGAAUCUUCCCCCAAACGGACGGUACUUGAGGCUUGGUGGCUUUUAUCAAUACUAUAUUGGAAAGGCGAUGGGUUAUAAGAAUAUCGUCCUGUGCCAUUUGUUUUUUAAGCACAGCCCACAAAAGGCAGCAUUUAACCUGCUCUUGCCAAAGGUCACCCCGAUUAUGCCUCCCGAAUCAUUUCUAAUGGUUACCUGGUCACAGGAAAGCUGGGUUCAUCUCGUGUGUGUGUGUGUUCCCACAUUCCUAAAGCCUCUCAGUUGGGGACUAUGGAUUCUAAUAUCCUUUGGAUUUAUUUUAAAGCGCGCGUAACGGAGCGAAACAAACAUGCCGUUUUUCUGGUGCUUUUCUUAUUGCUCAGUAGCUAUUAGAGGGGGGAGGGUCCCCAUGUCUUUAAAAAGCGUGUUUCCGAUCCCCUUCCGCCAUGUCUAGACUGCAAAAUGAGGCCCCGAUCCCCUCCCGCUGGAGGCGACUGGCCAGGAAGAGUGGACACGUCUCAGAGCCUUUCUCAUCUGAAAGUGGCCAUUUCCUCUUUACACUUGUUUCGCGUAAAAUCUUUGCUACUCUUGGCUCGCGUGGGGUAUUUGGAUCUUUAACUUUCCUCGGGAGGCUUGUCAGUUCAGAAAACCUAGGCCACACUUCGUAGCCGCGACAACCUAUUGCCACCGAGGUAUGAUCCUGCAGUCUUCAAAAAUAAGAUGAUUAAGUUUGUAUGCGCGGAGAGACGGGAGAUGUCCCUUACAAGGGGCAGUUAGCAACCUUAGCUGGAGAAUAUGUGAGUCACGCAAGGUCUCUCUAAGGACCAUCACCUGUUCUGCGCCCAAAUAAAUAAAGAAUUUUCUCGCUGCAACAGAAGAAAUGCAAGGAGACACAGAGAGAAAAAUCUACCCUGGCUGCGUAGCAGUCAAUUACAUUUUUAUCAGAGCAGGCUCACGGUGCGCUCUAACGAAUAUUUCACUCAACCCCCCAAAUGUGUCAUCUGAGCAUAUGGGACGAUGCCAACUUUCGCUUGCCUUUCUUUUGGGGGCUCACAGGGCGACCGUCCUUCGCCUUGGCUGGGGAAACUAUGUGCCCAAUUCUCCCGCCUCGAGGGCUUUAAGGAGGAAAUUAAGGAGGCUUCUAUGAUGCGCAACUUUGUUGUAUUCAUUUCCUCUUCCCUACCCCCAUCCCCCCCCGGCAGGGAUCUAUGAGUGCAAAGACAAGCGGGAAGAGGUGAAAUCCGAAGACGAGGACGGCCAGACCAAGCUGAAGCAGAGGAGGAGUCGAACCAAUUUCACACUGGAGCAGCUGAACGAGCUGGAGAGGCUCUUCGACGAGACGCACUAUCCGGACGCCUUCAUGAGGGAGGAGCUGAGCCAGAGGCUGGGGCUGUCGGAAGCCAGGGUUCAGGUAAGGCAGCCUUAGAAGAAGACCAGAGUCCUCCUCCUCCUCCUGGCCUUGUUUCGGAUCUCUGUCUACCCCAUUAAAAUCCCCUCCUUUUUGUCACGCGCAGCACCCAGACACGUGUGACGGAGGAAGGGGGCCAGCAGCCAUGGGGGGAAAUUCCAGCCACUGGCGCUGCUCUCGAUUUCUCGCCCCUUUAGAAUCUUCAGCAGACACGGAGCGCUCGAAACAUCCCUGAGUGCCGCUCGCUAACAAAUCAGAGGCCUGAUUAGUAGCCCCAGCCAGGAACGAAAAACCUUUCCCUUUUCCCUUGAGGUUCUACUGCUCCUCUUUUUUUUUUUUUUUAACAGGGAGAGGGUGGGAGCAACUUCGGAGAACAAUUGGUGUAGAUCAAGCUAGGCUGGUUGGGUGCUCUGGGACUGGAUUAUCCAGAGCCGGGAGUGGGGUGGUGGGGGAGGGGGGGAAACGUGCCUCUAUUUGACUUGCAUAGCAAGGGUAUGAAUUCAUGGUGCCCCAUCUGCUCCGUUUGUCGAUCCCCUGGAAAACAGAACGUCUCCCAAUCCUCGAGGAGAUGUUUGGGUUGCGGGGCCUGCCUGCUGGUCAUGCGGCCAAGGCAUAUGCUCUAUACAAGAACAGAUUGUUGCCUUUAAAAAUGCAUUUAUCUUUUAUUUUUUUAAAGGCCUUUAGCCUUGCUCACUAGAGAGAGGGGGGGCUGGAAAAGAAGAAAAUAGAUAUAAUUAAAAAAGGGUGGUGCAGGUUGUGGCGAUUGUCGCAGCAUCGAUCCCCCUCAAACAGAGGUUGUGCAAAAAGGAGGGAAGAAGGGGGUUGGGCUAGAUGACCAUUAAGGUCCCUUCCAACUCUACAAUUCUAUGAUUCCAUGGAAGUGAUCAACCUGUAGCGUGGCUUUAGGGUCAAAGGCAUGUGGGGAAGACCGAGCUCCAGCUGAGCUUUUAUUCUGGCUGAACUCCCACAGCAACAAAAAACUAUUUUAAUGAACCACGCUUCCAGUUCCCCCAGUGUUUUUCCUCGGAGGUGAUGGUGGGAGUCACACUAGGAAAGGGGAAUCUCAGUCUAAAUGCUUUAAGUCAGGGGUGGCUCGCCAGAUGUUGACCCCGCCAGAUGUUGCUGGACCAAAUUUCCCAUAAUCCCUGACCACUUCCCAGGCUGGCUGGGACUUUGGGGGGUUAGAGCCCCACGACUCUAACAGAAGAGUUGGCAACCCCUACUUUUAGUAUGAACGCCCCACUAAUAUUCGUGGGGUUGACUUCCACGUCCCGCGUUGAGCAGCAUUUUUGUGCGCCUAGAACGCCUGCGUGUAAUUCCUCUUUCCAGGGCAGGCCUGCCAUUUAACUUUUGAAACAUUUCUUUGUAGGCUGUUUCCCCCCUGAAACAGCUGGGAAAACUAGGCUCCUGAACAGUUCGGGUUUUAAAUAAAUACAACAAUAAAUGAAAUAUUCCCCAGGAACGGAAUAGCGCUUACUGGUGUGCUCUUCUUGGAAAGGAGAGCUUACGAGGGGGAAUACUGAGAGGGGGAGGGAGAGAGAAGUCGUGGCUCCCACCCCCCGCGCCGAAGAUUGAUCUAACCGCCCAAGAUAAAUGAAUGAAAAGAUUAAACUUUGGCUGAAGGGGACAUCAACUUUUAUGUCAUCUUCCCAGCUCCUUCUAGGCGAGCCGGUAUAAUAUCUUGCCAGAGCCUUGAUGUAGCGUUUCUAUAAAAAUAAAUUACUCGUAGUGUUUCUAUAAAAAUAAAUUACUUGUAAUUGAAUUCCGCACUCUUUCUUUCAAGUAGUUUAUUACCGGAGUGGCGCGGCACCUUAACAGGAUAUUCAUAGUUACAGGAAAAUUGGCGUUUCAAGUGCUUGCAGGUUUCAUGAAAUAUUCCACCCUCUCACCUCCCCCUCCCCAGCAGCUCACUCUCUCUCUCUCAUAUUUCUGAAGGGGGAAACAUCCUUCAGUCUCUCCCCACCCCCCCAAAAUAAAGUCCAGAGAAAGCCGUUUUAGAGAGAACCCUUAAUUAAAACAUAAUCAGGAUUCGAUCGGCUAAAAAGGACUCGGUCGGCAUCUUAUUAAAGGAGGAAGAGAAAAGGAAGGAGACCGAAGGGCGAAAGCAACAACAACCCAAAGAUAUUUUAAUACUCUCCGAAUUGCCUCCUAAUCCCCGUCUGUAGCGCCUGUCCCUUGUUGUUAAAGGAUCUAGUUUCAAUUUAGUGUGGAAAUGUGCUGUAAAUAAAUUGGAGCUCCUACGGUAGCUACUUCUUAUUAACCUUUUAUUUUUAGUGUUGUACCGGCAACUCAUAUCGCCCAGCUGUCAGGGUUAUAAUUGAAAGUUAUGAGACCAUAGUGAGGAGCAGGCAGUAAUUCAAUUACGAGCAAAUAUCUUCGGGUUUUUAUGGCGCAAGGCUAAAUUAAAUGUCAUUAUUCACUGUCUCUAAUGGAAAUCAAAAGGAAAUCAGAUUAGAGCAUUUGUGAAAGAAAUCACUGAGUGAUCCUUAAUGAAGAAAUAACUGUCUAAAACACUGUCCUGCGCUUUACUUAGCAUAUUCAUGACUACUUGGAAUUGAUCGGGAAUCACACCCGGGCUGAUUUAUGAUGGCUGCGCGCGCGGGCUAAUUCAUCACUUUUAUUCCUCAUCACUUUCGCCUUUUUCCAAAGCAAAAUAAAAAAAUAAAAAAUGGGAAGGGACGCGUUUCCUUGCCCAGCUGGGCACAGCGAGUCUUUUUAAGAAGUGCAUUUCAGGCGCCACUGGUACGAGCCGGCAGCGUUUAACGCGGAUUAGUCUACCACAUCACACACCUCUCGCACGCUGCUCCUGACCGGGUGGUUAAAGCUGGGCAAAAGGACAUUUUUGCCCCAGAAUUUGCCACAUAUCUGCACCCGAUGUGUGAUUAAAAAAUAAAAAUAAAGUCUGCCUCCUUUAACAGGAUAACAGACGACCAAACGACCCUUGGGGGUGGGGAAGGAACUCUCCGCGGAAUUGGUAUAAAUUAUAUUAUGACGAGUGGCGUAGAGAUCGGAAUUAGCACAGAGGCAGGUCAUGGGAGUCAUUCCAAAAUCAUUAAUGCUGGAUAAAGAGCUACACACACACACACACACACACACACGAGAGAGAGAGAGAGAGAGAGAGAGAGAAGGGGAUAUAGAAUGAAGAAUAAAUAACAUGAGGGGCAUAUUCAUUUUUACUCAUUGGUUAGUCAAUACAGUACAGCCACCCUCUGUCCUCAGACAGGAUAGCUGAAGGUUUUCUGUUUACAACUUUUAAAUGCACAUUUCCUUCCCCGGCUUAAUUAAGCAGGAUUAUUUAAAACUCUGAUUUAGGGUGAAUUCAUUAUUAUUAUUAUUAUUCUGACAUACCAUAAAAAGAUCCCCAUUCUCAAGGUUUAUAUGAAUGGUAGGUGGUUAUAUUAAGAAACUAAUAUUUUCGUUUCAAGUGGGGCGUUCACAGUGCUAACGGUCGGAACAAAAACUAGCUAGAACCCAAAUAUUUCGGCUGAAUUUGACUAAAGCUGAAAUUUCUCAGCACACCGGUGUUUCGCUGAAAGCAAUGGCCCUUUCUCCCAAGGAAGGCGGAGAGAUGGCGGGGGUUGAUACUUCAAACGUUAGUCCGCUUGAAGUGGCUAAGUUUUCAGAGGUGUUCGAAAGAGUCUUAGAAUUGUAAAAUUGAAAGGGAUCGCAAGGGCCAUCUAGUACAACUCCCUGCAAUGCAGGAAUCGUUUGCCCAACGUGGGGCUCGACUGCAGCACCCUGAGAUUAAGAGUCUCACGACUGAGCUAAGAAUGCCCACGGCACCCGGUAUUCCUAGGCAGUGGUCUCCCAUCGAAGUACUAACCAGGCCUGACCCUGCUUAGCUUCGGAGAUCCCACGAGACUGGGCGUGUUGAGGGUCGUACGGCCAUCUAUCUAUACCAAAAGGCUGGGUUGCGUGUUGCACUCUUCACAGAACCAGGAAAUCCAAGGGAUCAGGACAUUAAAAUGGAAAGGGGACAUUUCCACUGGUAAAGAAAGCUCCCUUUCAAAAAGUUCAGGGAUCGCUCAGAAAUUGAGCAAACUCCCCCCCCCUUCCCCCAUCUUUUAAUUUGAGACAUCACCUAGUAGAGACCCGGAUCAGGGAGGGGGAGGCGACGCCACUAGCGCACGUGUGAAGGCGGCCAAUUCCUGUUGAAGAAACCCAUUCCAGUACCCCUGGAUAAUUAAUGUCUUUGGAAGCCUUUCUUUGCACUAAUUACUCCGUUGUAAAUGGCCAUCAUUAAGGCAAUUGAAGAAAGCUCGGAGGCGAAAUGUGAUGUAGGAAGUGCAGUUAGUAUUAAUUAACCGUAUGAUCAACUUGGCAAGCUGAGGAACUUGGAGGGGGGGCGGGGCGAAUGGGAGCGAUGUUUGCUUAACUCCCAGAUUUGAUCUGUCUCAGCAGACAGAGGCUGACUAAAGUUUGAUUUAGUAAGAGGAGGGGGGUGGAGACGCUGAGCAUUUGACGGUAGACGUAAUCCUUUAAACAUAUUUGUAAAAAAUCAUCUCCUUCUCCUCUCAUGGGAGAAGGCUCCCAUGCUGUUUCGUACGCCAGAGAGAUCUAAGGACACCCCCCCGCCUCAAUUUAUAAUACACGGGAAUUUCCGGAAUUAGGGGAGGAUUACUAGGAUGGCAAUUUUUUUUAUGAAAGAAAAAGAAUAAAAUCUGAUGGCAGAAUUAGAAAUAAUUCCUUCCACCCAAAUUUGGAAGUGUUUGAUUGUCGGUGGAAGUCAAGCCUAUUAAAAAGUCAAUCGUGGCUCUGAAAAACGGAUUUAUGGUGGGAUCCAUAACCCAGUCGAAAGACAAAUGGGAAGGGGUAAUUGAAAUCUGUUGGAUUAACCCCCUUUGAAAAAUCCUUCUGGAUGAUUUGUGUGGAAUUAAUUGAUUUCCCCAUAAACGGAAUUUGUAUUGGAAGUUGAACUGACUUUCAAGGGAGGGUUUGGGGGUCGUGGCUGUGUAGGGCGGUCCUGAGCAUCGUUUACUCGAAAGUAAGCCCGCGGAAUUCAACGAAAUGCUGUGCCUUGCCUGUAACGAAACAGGCUCAUGCCACAAUAUACUUUUUAAUCUUCAAGGAAACUUUACUGGUUUCGCUACUUUUUUAGAACUGCUUUCAGUCAAGUUCUUCUAGGAUCGCAACCUUAAUCGCUGGCAGCCUCUUUUGUUGCAUGGUUGCUCGGGAGUAAAUCCCAAGUAAAUGAAGAGUCCCUCCACUGAACCGUGAUGGGACUUUCUUCCGAGUAAUCAGUGUUUGGGUGUGGAUCCAUGGCUGGCCAUUUAAGUGGGCAAUUCCAAAGUCAUCAUGGAAGCAUAAGACAAAGCCCUGAUAAACCCUGGCAGAAAUUCGGGAAUAAAAGGGUUUAGCUGAAACUCACCUAUUUUUCCUUAAAUAGGGGAAAAAAGCGAUGCCGCACGAGUCGACAUAGGGGGAAACCCACUAAAACUGGUCCUUCUUUAUGUAUAUGCGUUCAAAAUUAACCUCGAGGAAAUGCCACUGUCUGGCACACAGGGGGAAAGGAGGCCACAUUCAGCCAAAUUGGAGGAACGCUGGACGUGAGAGAGCAAAGGGUGUGUGUGUGGAUGUAUGAGAGAUGGAUGCGAAGUGUAAAUCGGCACUUGGUACUCGACAAUUUUGGGUGUGGGUGUGCGGCAAUCUGUCACAUUUAUGUCUCAUUCUUUAGUGUGUGAGCCGAUAACCUCUUCCCCACGGGGAAAUCUCCCUUAGCAGCCUGCCAGCCGAAACCUAUACUUGCUCUCUCAGCAGUAAACCCCAUUGACUUCCAUGGGGCACGCUCCAAGGUCGGUGUGGGCAUUGGAUUGCGGCUUGGCUCUCUGUUCCUGAACGCCAUCUGCCUGUUUUCCUGAUUUCGAAUAGGAGAUGCCAACAAGAGGCUCUUUUCGCUUCCCUCCCCCGGUUUAAAAGCUAGGCAAGUCUUUGUUGCUGGACUGAACAGUUUCUUUCUUUGGAUAGCCUCGGAGGCAUUUUGUUCAUCUGCUAGUUCGACAUAAUGAUUUGCCCCCUUUUAAUAGUCCGCCUUUCCCGGUGAAAGGGAGCACAAGGCGGCUGACAACAUAAAAAGCAUUACAAACACACACUUUUAGGGAGGAGAAUAGUGCCCCCUCCCAUUUCAGACCGCAUUUGCUUGUUCUUCGGGAGUCCUCUCUAUUUCUGACCGGGUCCCUCAAGAGUGACUGCUGUUCUCAAUCUAAACCUUUAGAUCGGAACAUAUUCUUUGGUUUAAAGAAGUGCGCGCGCGGACCUGUAUCAUUCACGUUAUAUUUAUGGGAUGCUGAACUACACGCAUAGCUCUUAAAAUACAUUGACUUGUUUGCGGUCUAAGCCUUGCAAAAUUCCUCCCUUACUGGGGGGGGUGUGUGUGUGUGUCCAAAUUGUCCCUCCUCCUGACUGAUAUCCGAAGUGCUAUAAACUGAGCAGUUGUGCAAGCUUCGUUGUCGCGCCGAGGCGCUCAAUUUGUGCCCCGGCUGUCGCACUUUAAGCCUGUAGGUGAGGGCUCAUAAGCUUGACCGGUUCUCCAUACAGUCUAGUGGUCUCUGGGAGCGGAACUUUGGGAUAUUUCAUAGCUGUGUCUAGCGCCCCCACAGGCCAAUCCAUGUAUUGCAUCUUAUACCUUCGAAGGGUUGCUGCCCUUGGCGCUCCGCUGCGCCACACUGGCAGCCCCUUCCUCUGAAUCCCUUGAGAUGGAGGAAGCAAAGUCUCCUUUUGACCAGGACUUUAAAAAAAAAAGAAGGAAAAAGAGAGAGUACGUAUGCGCGAGGAAGGAGCGGCUACACCCCCGCAUCAACUUCGCGCUGCUUUGCGAAUUUGGAUUCGCAACCUUAGGAGGGAGGUCGCUCCUGGCUUGACUGCUCCUCUUAAAAGCGCUUGUUUGCUUGACUUUGACAUCAGCCAUGCUUGGGACGAUCAAGAUGCAAACUCUGCAUUUUACAACAGGGGACGACUUUCUCCAAGCUGCGCAUUGUUCGGUUGGUGGUUUUUUUUAGCAGAAGUGCGAAUGAAUCCCAUUACCAUUCUUGUCCGAUUCUCCGUUCGCACUCGGAUCUCACCUGCUCUAUUUGCAAGUGAAACUCGUCUCAUCACUUGCAGCCCACAUUUUCUGAUCUGGUGGCUACUUUAUGCUUUGUAAUAGUAAUAAGAAUAAUACAGAAAGUCACUGUUCUCAGGUCAUUUGUAUUUUUUUUUUAAAACUGAACUAUGUGUGUGUGUGUGUGUGCACAAUCAACAAAAACCUCUAAGAGGUUUACACAGCCCCCCAUUCUAGUGCACAACUGUGGCAACCCCUACCAGUGUGGACGUCAGGAUUGCUUCUCAUUCCAACAGCGGGAAAGAAAAUGCUGCAUUUAUACCAUUUUAGUGGUAUAUAGCACAGGCUAUAUAGGACGGGAGGGGGAACGCUUUCCUAUUUUCUUAUUUCGAAACACCUCGGGCUGCAAUCCUAUACACGCUUACCCGACAGGAAGAGCCAUUGAACCCAACGGGAUUUACUUCUGACACGUAUAAGGAUCACGAUGUGAGUCUCUUGAAACCUGCUUACCAAUACCACGACCCUUGUCUUAAAAGGGCCUUUGACUAGUUCUGCUGUUUUGCGUGAUGUAUACUGUUACCUGUAUGCCAAAUAAACAAGCAUUUCUCAGAGAGAAAGCCACCAGACGAGCAGAGCAGAGGAAAGAGAGAAGUUUCAGUAGCGUGCAUAACAAAACUGCCACUUUGAUUUUGGAAGAAGGCGGGGGGAAGCGAAGUAUAAGGUCUUCAUCUUUCCUUUGCCUCCCUGAGACUGUGGAACACGGGCUGAGAUAGCUUCUGUCCUCUGACAUUCGGACUCUAUACUUUCGUGUGUUCUGAAUAUCCUCAAAAGCUUGUCCUUCUGUGGGUGGGUAGGAACUUACCUGUUUCUAGAUUGCUGGUCCCGUGAAAAUCAAUAAAACGUAUCAACCAAAAUAAAACUCCUUUAACGUACGAGCAAUCAAAAUGACACAAAACAGGGAGCAAGCUUCCGAGCCCAACAGGAUUCUUCAUCAGACUGAAUAUUAAGCAAGGGCGUGUGUGGGUAAGGGGAAAAAAUGUCUGUAUUGGUCAAAAAAGUUCGUUUUUAUAAGCACGGGUGGCUGCCAGACGCUUCAGAACUGAUGGUGACAAACCUCUCUCCUCCCCUCAUUUUCUUUGAUUGCAGGUUUGGUUCCAGAACCGAAGAGCCAAAUGCCGGAAACAGGAGAACCAGAUGCAUAAAGGUGAGUUCGAGCUGGAAAGUGCUUGGGUGGGCUGGAGGAGGGGAGGGGGUUGGCGAGCGCUAUCCGGACCUCCGAGGUUCCUUCCUCACCAAGACACGUGUCUCUCUCUCUCCCCCCCCCCCCCGCUUUGCAGGUGUGAUCUUGGGGACGGCCAGCCACUUAGACGCCUGCCGAGUGGCCCCUUACGUCAACAUGGGCGCCCUGAGGAUGCCUUUCCAGCAGGUAGCUCGUUUUGAUUCCUUUUGACCCGUUUCUCUCCCUGUACGUCCGAGGCGAAUCGAGGUUCGGGAGGGGAGGGGCGCUGCAGAAAAAGGACACGCCUCUUCCGCGCGGGCUGUCAGACGGAAGGGGGCGGCGCUUAUACGCCUCUCGCUGGGCAGGAGGCGUGGCUGGAGCGCAGAUCCGUCAGGAAGCCACGCCCCUGGCGUUCGGGCGUUUUCCAAGCCUGGGAUGAAUCAGUGGCGAAGGAGUGCAGUCUGCGCGCCCUCAGAGGCGCCCUUGUCGACAAGCAUCCCCAGGUUUGGAACGAGGACUUGCUCACUGUGGCUUCCAAGUCUGGCUGCAAUCCUGUUCACGCUCAAUGUGGGAGUAAGCGCCACUGAAACCAGUAGGACUUAUUUCUGAGUGAACACUGUGUAGGAUAGUACUGUCAUGUGGAGUGUUGCAUCAUUUGGAAAAACAAAAUUUCCGGCUACUUCUACUCAUCCUCUUGGAAAGAUGAGUACAGUGGUACCUCGGGUUACAGACGCUUCAGGUUACAGACUCCGCUAACCCAGAAAUAGUGCUUCAGGUUAAGAACUUUGCUUAAGGAUGAGAACAGAAAUUGUGGUCUGGCAGCACGGCGGCAGCAGAAGGCCCCAUUAGCUAAAGUGGUGCUUCAGGUUAAGAACAGUUUCAGGUUAAGAACAGACCUCCGGAAUGAAUUAAAUACAUAACCAGAGGUACCACUGUAGUUGAUUUGCCUCAGCUAUUGUUAGUAGAAACCAAACACAUUAAUAAUCUCUGUACUGAACCACUUAAAUUUCUGCCUUUCAAGUAGUCUUUAAAGGCACAACAGUUCUUACCUGUGGCGAGAAAAAUAUUGAAUGCAGAGGGGAAGAAAAUAAAUCCAGGUAAUUGUAGCUUCACUCCCCCAAAUACCUAAAUGUAGAAUUCCAUUAUUUUUGUUCCUCUCUCCUAAGUAGUCGUCCUAAAGCACACCUGCAUUGCAGUCCUAGAAAUGUUCACUCAGAAGUAAAUCAUGUUGCUUUUAAUGGGGACAUCGUUCUUGGUAAGUGUAUACAUGAUCAUAGCUUGAUCUGUAUUUUGAUUAAGGGACAGGUGGAUCCACACCAUACAUUUAAAACACAUUCAACACACUUAUUCCCCCUCUGCACCCCCCGAAUCCUGGGAACUGUCGCUCAUUCCUCACAGAGCUACAGUUCCCAUUACCCGAAGCAAGCUACUUUUCACUGAGAUUGGGGAAAGCCAUGUGCUACAAAUGCAUGGUGUGGAUUCAACAUUCCUGUGAAGUAGGUUAGGCUGAGAAACUGCUCUUUGUUCAAAGCUAAUCUUUAUCAAAGCAACAGAGAAAAUACUGUAGCGCAAGCAUGUUUCAGGACUCACACAAUGAAACCACCUCCCAAACUUGCAUGGCCAUGAAGAAGUCUGUUUCUCAGGCUCAGCCAUCUUCUGAUAUGGGCAAUAAUAGAGACCUACCUUAUUAGAUUGAUUUAAGUAAUGAGUACUGAAUGAUGCAUUCUCUGCCCUUAAAUUCGCGGUAAACCUGCUACUUGCAAGGGGAUUUGAUCCUCCAGUCAUUAUGUCGCACUAGCACUGUAUGGAACACAAAAACCAUGCUUUGCUCACUCUUUUUGCCCCAUUAGUCUUCAUAACUGGGAACUGAAAGUAGUCUCACACACAAGCCAUAGAGAAAAGUCAGUAAGCAGCAGAGAUGCCUCAGCUUCCUUCUAUUUACAUCCUCCUAUGUAAUUAAGUACCCCUGUGAUUCUCAGGCUUCUGGAAAGGUCCCAUUUAGUUCAAUCAGGGUUUCAGAAAAGUGGGGCCUAGCUAGUUGAUUUCUUCUGCAGCAGCGUUUAUCUUUUGCAGAACUAGAGCAACGUUGCCCUUGGUGAUUUCACACGUGAGGCUUAAAUCAGGGUGGUCCAAGGAGAAGAAAUCAAGACACAUUUGGUUUCUGUUUUGAAUUAGAUCCUGCGUUGUUAACAGAUUUAAGAAGGACACCAAGAGUUGUCAGCUUCUCACUCCCGAAUGCUUGUGCCGUUUAACAGGGCCUUGUUCUGCAGCAAAGCAGCAGUGGUGGUGACUGUUUAUCUCCAUGUUGUGAAGCGCUUCAUCUUCUAAUUUGCUGUAGAUCCAGCUGCUGCUAAAAAGGCACACCUAGAAGAGCUGGGUGGAAAUUUGGGGUGUGGGGUUGUGGUGGUCACGUGUGAAAAUUCCUCUUUAAGAGGUUGUAACCUCGCAUUGCCUCAAAGCUACUUGUGUGGACUAUCUUACUUUUUUGAAAGUCACCCAGAAAUGCUGCCAUUCAGACCAGUCUAGUGAAUGUCUCCAAUGCAAAUGAUAAGGAAAAAAAAGUAACAACCCCAAAACACUUAUUUAGCGAGGCAGGAUGUGAGGGGUGGGCAGGCAGUCGGGUCCUUGUUUCAGCCCACCCCCCCACGUGUCAGUGGGGCUUGGGUACUUCUCAGGCUAGAAAUGUGUCAGAAACAACCUCUGUCAAGGAAACUGGUCGAUUCCCUGCAAAAGCACCCUAGUCACUGAGACACAGAGAAAUAGAACUUGUUCCACUUUGUUUCCUUAAAAAACACAGGCAGGAGGAAGAAAAUAUUGGGGAGAUCAUUCUUUACCUUUCUUUGCCUCCCACUGGCUGCCCGAAUAUGUGAAACCUUUGCUACUUUUUCAAUUUCACCUUCAUUAGCUUGAGGGUGAAACUGACUUAGAAAAACAGCUCCAUUUAUUUUCGAAGUUAGACGUGUUAAGGGGAACUAUGGCGUGAAUAAGAUGGCCAUAGUUUUUGAUGGAUUUCUCCCACCCAAGGACAAGGGAGGAAGAGGAGAAAAUAAGCAAGCCUGCAGACAAGGCCACAUGGCAGGAGGCUUGUGGAUGAGUAGCCAGCUCAGGAAGAUCCAAAGCCUUUCUCUUGACUUUUCUCUUCCCUCUCUUAAAUGUAUCUUACCCUUUUAUAUACAGAGAUGUCUGUCCAGGCAGUAAAAGCCUCCACACUUCCGGGCAGUGGGAGUGGGAAGGCGUGGAGACUAUUGACAAGCACUUGGCUCUUCUUGCUCAGUUUUAUUCAAAUGUUUGAAUAGCCACCUUCUCUCUCAUACAGGUUGUCAAAGAGAUUAAAUUUAAUCACACACACAUACAACAAAUCUUCUCCUAUUCACCUAAACCCUCUCAGGCCUUGAUAAGUGUCUAGUCCCUAUCCCUUAUGUUUCAGACGGCCACAAAUAAAUAUGCUUUAAAAUAGCCAUAAGUGUCCCUGAACCGUUGUUAAGUAUUCUUAGAAAGUGGUCAAAAAUAAAGAGAUGAAGGGGAUGUGAUUCUGUUCACAGACUGAUCCUGUAUACCUGGCAUGCCUUACAUGUGGUGUAAUAGUUAGAGUGUUGGAGUAGGACUUGGGAGAUCAGCGUUCGAAUCCCCACUCAGCUAUGUAGCUCCCUGGGUGACUCACCACCUUUUAGCCUCACCCUACAUCACAGGGUUGUUGGGAGGAUAAAAUGGGGAGGAGGAGAACACUACCUUGAGAUCCUUGGAUGAUAAAGGUGGUAUAUAAAUGUAAAUAAUGAUAAUGAUAAUGAUAAUAGAAUUGGAUCAGGCUAGCAACAGAGCCAAAUUUCCCCAUUCCACCCCGCCCUAUACUUUAACAAAAAAUCCAACAGCUUCAAAGCUAAAAAGCUAUACUCAGGAAAAACUAUUUAUAGCCAUCUUAAAACAAAUUUUACAAGAGGACUUAUAAACCUUAUAAACAAAGACCGGAGAAGUUAUCUGGCACCUUGGGGCCAUAACUCUGCAUCAGAUCUGGCAGCACGUGUUCCUGUUGAAAGUCCAGUGGUGUUUAGGACCAGUUCAAACUCACUUUUGCAGCUACAGUGGUGCCUCGCAAGACGAAAUUAAUCCGUUCCGCGAGAGUCUUCGUCUAGCGGUUUUUUCGUCUUGCGAAGCAAGCCCAUUGACGGAUUAGCGCUAUUAGCGCUAUUAGCGGUUUAGCGGCUAUUAAAGGCUUAAAGGCUUAGGGGAUUAGCUGCUAAAAGGCUAUUAAAGGCUAUUAAAGGCUUAGCAGAUUAGAUAAAGGGGGGGGAAAGCGGAAAAAAAAAUCUCAGGACUCGCAAGGUAUUUUCGUCUUGCGAAGCAAGCCCAUAGGGGAAUUCGUCCUGCGAAGCAACUUCAAAACGGAAAACCCUUUCGUCUAGCGGUUUUUCCGUCUUGCGAGGCAUUCGUCUUGCGGGGCACCACUGUAUUUAAUUACACCGUCACCUUUUUAACGUUAUUAUUGUUAUUACUAUUCAAAAGUCCUUCAUUUGCUGGACGUGUGCCACAAGGACUUUAGCAGUAACUGCAGUAACUGCAAAUGUGUGUGGCUGCACUUUCUCUCCUGCACACCCUUGUGGGUAUGGUUCUCCUUUUUUAGUUCCUCGAAGAAGGAAAAAAUGUCUGUGUGACCUCCCAGGAAGCAUUAAUAUUGCUUGAUAAAAAACACCAUGGGGUAGGGCCUUACAUUAUAAUAUCAGACCACAAGUGAGGAUCUGAAACAAAAUGUGCAGGUUUUACCAGAGUCUGUGGCUAAGGGGGUUGAAAAAUUUGAGUUAGCAGAAAAGAUAGGUGUCCCCUGCUCAUAGCUGUCAACUUUUCCCUUUUCUUUCGAGGAAUCCUAUUUGGAAUAAGGGAAUUUCCCUUAAAAAAGAGAAAAGUUGACAGCUAUGCCCCUGCUAUAACACAGGUCUUACUUCAUGCCCACUUUUUAUUUGAAAAAACACACACCAGUCUGCAUGCAAGCCAAUUGAACACAAGGCUUUUCUUGCAAACGAGUGCUUGGUGUGGCCUGGGAGGAGGUUUGAGAAGGCCAUUCAUAUAGCUCUACAUCUGGCCUGAUAUAUAACAGUGGCCUACGUUGCAUGGCUGCUGUAAGUUGCUCUUUCUCAGCACAGCCCUCCAAUCUGCAACUGGGGAAAAAAAGUGAACUAUAUCCUGCUCUCUCAGUUCUACCUGCAGUGUGGGAAUAAAAAAAUAAAGGAAUGCAGGGUUCUGCAAACUCAGCUUCUGCUGAUCUCCAAUGUGCAAUAGGGGUCUAAUACCGCUGGACAACACUGCGGGGGUGCUGCAAAGUGCCCAGAGCCUGAUAUGCAGUAUUCAGGGUGCACUACGCUGUGGGUUAAACCACAGAGCCUAGGGCUUGCCGAUCAGACUGUCAGUGGUUCGAAUCCCCGCGAUGGGGUGAGCUCCCAUUGCUUGGUCCCUGCUCCUGCCAACCUAGCAGUUUGAAAGCACGUCAAAGUGCAAGUAGAUAAAUAGGUACCACUCUGGCGGGAAGGUAAACGGCGUUUCCGUGUGCUGCUCUGGUUUGCCAGAAGUGGCUUAGUCAUGCUGGCCACAUGACCCGGAAGCUGUACACCGGCUCCCUCGGCCAAUAAAGCGAGAUGAGCGCCACAACCCUAGAGUCAUCCGCGACUGGACCUAAUGGUCAGGGGCCCCUUUACCUUUUUUACACUGCCAUUAAGUUGUUCUCUCCCAGCCAAGGGGAAGCUUGAAUAGGUAUCCCUAUGUAGAGGAACCAUGCUAUAGAAAAGGAAAGAGUUUGUGUGUCUGGAAGAUCUGGAAAAGGGGAACUCUGCAGUUCUAAGUCUAUAGCAGUAAAAUAAUGAGUGGAAUAUGGCAAUUAAACAAGCAAAGGAACAUUGGUAAAGGAUUGAUCACCAUGUACAAAGAGUGGCACUGUGCAACAGUAGAUUAAAAUGCUGAGACAUAAGAAGAAAGUGCUCAUGGUUAUUUGGGUCUGGACCUUAAGUGGUUUCUGAUAUGAUAUGCUGACAUCAAAGUGAGAACAUCUCUCUGUUGUUGCAGAUGACAGUGGUUAGAAGCAAAAACAACAUUGUGAUAUCCUGUCGACUUUAUUGUGGUAUUAGCUUACAGACCUUUUAACCACCUAGCCCAGUUUACCAGGAACCCACAUCUGCCUGUUACAGAAAGCCAUUCUAUUCCUACAGGCUGCAGACCUCUCCUGGUGUAUGUCCCCUUGAAAACCCGGCCUAUUUACAGAUGCACAGAAUGACACUCAUUUGUUUACCCUCAUGGAAGCUCCUUUACUCAUUGUCCCUUUUGCCUCUGUGUCCUUCUUUUGCUCUCUCAGGUCCAAGCUCAGCUGCAGCUGGAAGGCGUCACCCAUGCCCACCCUCACCUCCACCCUCACCUGGCUGCACACGCCCCUUAUCUGAUGUUCCCCCCGCCCCCUUUUGGACUUCCCAUUGCCUCCUUGGCAGAUUCCGCCUCUGCGGCCGCAGUAGUAGCAGCGGCCGCGAAGAGCAACAGCAAGAAUUCCAGCAUCGCUGACUUGAGGCUCAAGGCUCGGAAACACGCCGAGGCCCUGGGGCUCUGA